AGCAGCCGCUUUGUGUGCCAGGUGGGGGGGACGCCUGCAGCUGCCCGGCCCCCGGAACGCGGCAACUCCGGGACCCCGCUCGCGGGCCUGCUUCUUCAUCCCACGCCCCCUCCAUCUCCGGAGCUCCCCUCCCCCUACUGGCCGUUAAACGUUCAGGGGUUCCCCUCCCCCUCAACCCCUGACUUAGGGUUCUCUCUUUCUACUCCUAGGGAGAGAAAACAUGAGAAGAAAGUUUUUCCUCUGCUCCCCCCAACCUCUCUCUGCUUGAAGGGAAAGACUAGAUAGGAGACUUCCUUUUUUAGAUGCCAAGGGUGGGAGAGUGGUGCCCUCUCUUCUCCGGGGUGUGGGGGCAGGCGCAUACAGAGUUUCAGGGCUUUGCAGGGGAAGAGCCCACUUUUGUAGAGCCAAUGCCGAGAGGCAUUUUGCACGUGGAGAGUCGGAAGAGACACUAGAAGUCACCCAAAGCAGCCGCCCCUGUCCAGCUUCUGACGAGUGGGUCUGUAAGCCUCCACUCAGAGAUGUGAUGAUCACUGCGAUUAAAAAACAGAACAUUCUUCACAAUCCAAAAGAAAAAGCAGACUGGUUCGGGAUGUUUGACGGCUAUGAUAGCUGCAGUGAGGACACAAGUAGCAGCUCGAGCUCUGAAGAGAGUGAAGAAGAAGCCGCUCCUUUACCUGCCAACCUACCAAUUAUCAAAAACAAUGGGCAAGUCUACACAUACCCCGAUGGCAAAUCUGGCAUGGCUACCUGUGAGAUGUGUGGGAUGGUCGGCGUACGAGAUGCUUUUUAUUCUAAAACAAAACGUUUCUGCAGUGUUUCUUGUUCAAGAAGUUAUUCAUCAAACUCUAAGAAGGCAAGCAUUCUGGCCAGACUUCAGGUAACGGGUAAGCCUCCAACAAAGAAAGCAAAAGUCCUUCAAAAACAACCUUUAGUUGCUAAAUUAGCUGCCUAUGCUCAGUAUCAAGCUACCUUGCAAAAUCAAGCAAAGACAAAAGCAGGUAAUUCUGCAAUCUCCGUGGAAGGCUUCAGCUGGGGUAACUACAUCAACAGCAAUAGCUUCAUAGCGGCUCCAGUUGCCUGUUUUAAGCAUGCACCUAUGGGGACCUGCUGGGGUGAUAUAUCAGAAAAUGUAAGGAUAGAAGUUCCCAAUACAGACUGCAGUCUACCUACCAAAGUCUUCUGGAUUGCUGGAAUUAUAAAAUUAGCAGGUUAUAAUGCCCUUUUGAGAUAUGAAGGAUUUGAAAAUGAUUCUUCUCUGGACUUCUGGUGCAAUAUAUGUGGGUCUGAUAUUCAUCCAGUUGGUUGGUGUGCAGCCAGUGGAAAACCUCUCGUUCCUCCUAGAACUGUCCAGCAUAAAUAUACAAACUGGAAAGCUUUUCUAGUGAAAAGACUGACUGGCGCCAAAACACUUCCUCCUGAUUUCCCACAAAAGGUUUCAGAGAGUAUGCAAUAUCCUUUCAAACCUUGCAUGAGAGUAGAAGUAGUUGACAAGAGGCAUUUAUGUCGAACAAGAGUGGCAGUGGUGGAAAGUGUGAUUGGAGGAAGAUUAAGACUGGUGUAUGAAGAGAGUGAAGACAGAACGGACGACUUCUGGUGCCACAUGCACAGCCCCUUAAUCCACCAUAUCGGGUGGUCGCGAAGCAUAGGCCAUCGGUUCAAGAGAUCUGAUAUUACAAAGAAACAGGACGGACAUUUCGAUACACCGCCACACUUAUUUGCUAAGGUAAAAGAAGUAGACCAGAGUGGAGAAUGGUUCAAAGAAGGAAUGAAAUUGGAAGCUAUAGACCCAUUAAAUCUUUCUACAAUAUGUGUUGCAACCAUUAGAAAGGUGCUGGCUGAUGGAUUCCUGAUGAUUGGGAUCGAUGGCUCAGAAGCAGCAGACGGAUCAGACUGGUUCUGUUAUCAUGCAACCUCUCCUUCUAUUUUCCCUGUGGGUUUCUGUGAAAUUAACAUGAUAGAACUGACUCCACCCAGAGGUUACACAAAACUUCCUUUUAAAUGGUUUGACUACCUCAGGGAAACCGGCUCCAUUGCAGCGCCAGUAAAACUGUUUAAUAAGGAUGUUCCAAAUCACGGAUUCCGCGUGGGAAUGAAAUUAGAAGCUGUAGAUCUCAUGGAACCACGUUUAAUAUGUGUGGCCACAGUUACACGAAUUAUUCAUCGUCUCUUGAGGAUACAUUUUGAUGGAUGGGAAGAAGAAUAUGACCAGUGGGUAGACUGUGAGUCCCCUGACCUCUAUCCUGUAGGGUGGUGCCAGUUAACUGGAUAUCAACUACAGCCUCCAGCAUCACAGUCAUCAAGAGAAAGCCAGUCAGCUUCUUCAAAACAGAAGAAAAAGGCUAAGUCCCAGCAGUACAAAGGACAUAAGAAAAAGAGGAAGAUGCCAGUUGGGAAGAAGCCUGUCAGUUUGUCGAGCCUGCCCAUGACAGGCGGGGUGCGGAGGAGCUUCUCUGGGGACGAAGAGUUGACUCCUCCUCCAUAUCGAACCCUGCCAGCACAGACAGCCCUGGAGGCCUUCCCACCUCCCAGCACUAGCCGAGAGUUCAGGCCCAGCCUCAACACAGUGACCGCGUCACAGCUGAAGGAGGAGCUGCUAGAUGGAGAGGAGUAUAGCUUCCUUCACGGAGCAUCUGACCAAGAGAGCAAUGGCUCUGCCACCGUCUACAUCAAACAGGAGCCAUAGGCGACUCAGCAGCUGUGGGUGGAAGGGGCUGUUUACAGGACUGAUCUGUAGUCGGCCCGCCGCAGAGCAGGCCAUUCUACUGGGACAUUUUGCUAAAUACAGAAAAGUUCAGUUCCAGAUUUUUCAGGUGGGGGGGAAACUAUUUUGGUGGGGGGACAAUUUUUCAAUUUAUAAAGACGGACAAUUUUUGUGUUGUAUUUGAAGCUUUUGAAAGAAUUUUGUAAUAUUUUCCAAGUUUGGAUUUAUGUGCAUUGUUAACAAGAACUGAAAUUAUAACUUUUUUGGUAAGAUAAAAGUUUAGGUAGCAGGAUUGAAGGAAAUGAUUAAGAAGGAUAUAGUUGUAAAUGCAAAUGAACUGUCAUUACAAAUGAACCUUCUUGGUACCUGUUGGGAGAUUUUUGGAUUUUAGAGUUAGGCCAGUCACAUCUCCAGCUUCCUUUGCUGCGAAAAUAUGCAACUGAACCCCUCACAGAGGGCUCAUCACCAUGUAGAUCACGGAAGGGGUCAUUAAUUGUGCUCGCUGACAUUUUAUUGCAGCCCGUUUAACUGUUUGUACAGAAAUUUUUUCAUUCUGGUAAAAAUUUAUUUGGAGUUGUAUAUGAAACUAGGAGAACUCUGGAUACUUUUUUAUGCUCUCCUUCACAUAAAAAUGAUUAAAAUUUUCUAACACUAAAGUGUUAAACUGGAAUGGUUGACAAAAUACACAGGAUCUCAGUCUACAUAAAGGGUUGGGGGAAAUUAAUAUUUUCCUAAGUUUAUUCUGUUUUCCUUGCUAGAAAACAUCCCACUGAAGGGAUGUUCUUACCAGACCUCUGCCACGUCCUCCAUUUGUGAGAGCAGCCACCCCUAAAGCAGACACCGUUCUGAACUCACGAAAGACUCAGACGGGAAUGUCGGCAGCCAUUCCAGCUCCACUCUUAACUGUCCUGAAUUUGUUAGAAACUGAUCUGAAAGAAAAUUUGUCUUAAAAUUCCAUAUACACGCACACACGCACGCACGCACACACACACAACGAAUUGUCUUUAAUUAUAGUCAGAAUUUUUUCUAACAAUAACUGAUUUGGACCAUUUUAAACAUUCCCUGUUCUAAAGUUCAUGCGGCUUCCUUUAAGAAGUAGGACAAAAGGGUAAAUUUGUGACAGGUUUGCUCUCUGCGCUUCCUAACCUACAGAAUUGUGACUGAAUCAGAGAGCUCUAGCAUUUACCAGUGAGGUUCAUAAACUAAACUCUCAGGAAUUCAUUGCAUCUGUUCUAGAAGUGCUUCUGGGUCUGAGCCUGGCCUCUUCAGAGUGGUAAUACUGCCCAUUUCCUCUGGAAAAUAGGCAGGGCUAAUGAGAAAUUAAUCAAAAUGAUUAACCUCUUUCGCCCGUUAGCCUAUGGAAUGCUUUAAAAAAAAAAAAAAAAGAAAAGAAAAAAAUGGUAAUGGAAACCCCAGGAGACAUUUUAGGUAAGAUUUUUGUUUGACUUUUAAAUGCAUAGAACAUUAAAAACCAGCAAUUUAUUUUCUAAAAUAUUGCUCUACUUUUGGGAAUAAUAGCAUUGGUAAUAUGCACAGGUUUACCUCAUUCUAUGCAAGAGGGGUUAAUAACAUAAGGUUUUGUAGUAGCUACUGGAAGUAAAAUGUGUUACUUUUUAGUGUAAAAAUGUAUGGAAUCGCAUGUCACCAUUUUUUAAUACUGACUCUGGGGGCUAAAUGCAGAUCAUCACAUCAAUGCAAGUUGAUUCUUGUGUCAAAUAUAUGUGAAUUCAGCUGUAAAAUUACUGGAUAUUUAUCUUAAACAACAGUGCUGAGAGGGACCUACUGUAAAUGUGACAUCCUCACACUUCCCCAAUCUUUGACUUUGAAGGAUCUUCCCAGAAGCUUAAAGCCUAGACGAGGUCCAAAGCAAAGGUCAUAGCAGUCUUUAUUCUCAGGCUCAGCGGAUUACGCCCAGGACUGUGCUUCCGAGGCACCAGUGCAAGAAGCCUGUAGUAUGUAUGGGGUGCUCUCAUGCCUUGCUGUAGGAGCUCUCCAGGGAACUAACUCACUCGACGCCAGGAAGGAUGUGAUUGAAGCCAGCCAGUCCUGGUAAUUAGUUCUGUGAAAUGCUCAUUUGUAGCCAGGUUUUACAAGCUUCCAAUUCUACACCAAAACCAGGCUUGGCAUGUUUAGAAUUCCCCGCCUACAUUCAUAAAGUGUCUAUGUUCACUAAUAGAUCGGUAAGGACUUGCUAGAGUCCAAACAGAAUCCGAAGCCCUCUUCUUCGUUAAGACCCUCACUCCUGCUGCUAACACAGAGCGUUAACCAGAGGAGGCGUCCAUCGUAGCCAUACUUCCUGUCGUCCUACAACUCAGUAGCCCGUUCUCUUUCACAGUUGAACAUGUGCUGCUGACCUUGGGUUUGUUUGUGUUUUCCUGUUAGAAGCCUGGGAACUCUGAGUAGUCUAACCUUUUUAACCUUUUUCCUUGCUGUGUAUGAGGAAAGCUAAGCCGUUAUCAGCUUCUUAUUCUGCGGAUACUAACACGGGUUUUCAGUGUUUGUUUGUUUUUAUUAUUAAUUAAUUUUGUGUGAUGUGAAUACCCUCGCCCGUCAAUAUUUGUAUUAUGGUGCUAUAUAUUUGGUAAUGAUCCUUUAAUAUUGGGGAGGGAUUUUAAAAAUACUGUGAUUAAACUGGGUAUCUUCCUUUGAUUUUCAUAUUUUAAAUAAAGCCACAGUCAUUUAUACAAAAACAAACAAAAAAAGCAUCUGUCCCUGGGCAAACCUUUCAAGGACAGAGGCCAAAGUAAAGUACAUAAGGUUUUUACAUUGUUUCUGUGUUCGUUUGAUAUAUAGAACAAUAUCUGGACAAAUUUAAUCUUUUAUUUUCUGGUAACUUGUGAUCAUUGAGGAAGUGUUUGAAGCUUUCUCAUGGAAUGUAUAUAAUGUCGUGAAAAAUUCAGAGAAAUUUAUGUUCCUUUCAUUUUUACCAAAAUGCAAAUUUUCAGCAUGGAUGUGAAAAGCAUUAAAAUUAUAACUUUGUGUACAAGAUGAAAAUAAUUCACUAAAUUUGCCCUUUUUUUACACAAAAUAAAAUGUUAAAGUUAAGCUUUA